GUUCCUGUGGGCACAGAACCAGAUGGUAUGAACAUCUUGGGCCUGGUUCUCUUUGCCAUGGUGUUCGGUGUGGCACUGAGGAAGCUGGGAGAGGAGGGGGAGGAGCUCAUACGCUUCUUCAACGCUUUCAAUGAAGCCACCAUGGUGCUGGUGUCCUGGAUCAUGUGGUACGUCCCGUUCGGCAUCAUGUUCCUGGUGGGUAGUAAGAUAGUGGAGAUGGAGGAUGUGGUUCUGUUGGUGACCAGUCUGGGGAAAUACAUAUUUGCCUCCGUCCUGGGUCAUAUCAUCCACGGGGUCAUCCUGCCUCUCAUCUACUUUGGGUUCACACACAAGAACCCCUUCAGCUUCCUGUCCGGCCUCAUCACGCCCUUCACCACCGCCUUCGCCACCUGCUCCAGCUCGGCGACCCUGCCCUCCAUGAUGAAGUGUGUAGAGGAGAACAACGGCGUGGACAAGCGGAUCAGUCGUUUCAUCCUUCCCAUCGGAGCCACCGUCAACAUGGACGGGGCGGCCAUCUUCCAGUGCGUCGCGGCUGUCUUCAUCGCUCAGCUCAACAACAUAGAGCUCAACGCCGGUCAGAUCUUCACCAUCCUUGUGACAGCCACAGCAUCCAGUGUGGGCGCAGCGGGCAUCCCAGCCGGGGGCAUCAUCACCAUCGCCAUCAUCCUGGAGGCUAUCGGCCUGCCCACCAACGACCUGUCACUCAUGCUGGCCGUCGACUGGAUCGUGGACCGCACCACCACCGUAGUGAACGUGGAGGGAGACGCCCUCGGGGCAGGGAUCCUCCACCACAUCAACCAACAGGAGAUGAAGAAACAACACCUGGGGGAGGAGCUAGCGGAGGUCCUGGUGGAAGCGGUGGCCAACACCCAGGCUGACGAGGAGACCUCCCCGCUCGUCACGCACCAAACCCUGGGUUCAGCAGGCGACCAAUCCCCCAGGGAGACCGCGGAAGCCAUUGAGUCUGUCCUGUGAACUCGUAAAACAACUGUGAAUUCUGUCUCUAUGGUUACAAUCAGUGGUGGCUGGUGACACUUAAAUUCGGAGGACGGGCUCAUAGCAAGGGCUGGAACGAAAUGAAUUGAAUCGUAUCAAAACACAAAUAUAUGGUUUUCUUUCCAUUCCAGACAUUAUUAUUAGCCGUCCUCCCCUCACCAGCCCCCUCUGGUGUCUAAGGUUACGAUGCUGCUGCUGCUACUCGUGACACGACCGAGUCAACCGACUCGUCUCUGGAUCAACUCUGAUCACCUUUACCAUACCUCUUAAAACAGUUCAUGAGUCAUUUCACUUCUAGGAAAAAAGUGCCCAAGAUAAAGUUAGUUUUAUAUUGUGGUACUUCCUAUUUGGAGUAUUCUAAAAGUGUUUUUAAAAGCCACAGGAAGGUUAGCCUCGCCCUUUAGAAUGAAUCCAGGCUGCUUUCUGGUUUUUGGUGAGAGUGGUCUGAAUCUAAAAAGGGGAAUCUCUCCUAACCAUGACAUGGCUGUGACCUCACAAGGCAGAUGGGAAGGAGAAUCAUUUACUAACUGACCUGGAGUUUUUUGUUUGUUUUCUUUCGAUAGUCAACACAGAACGUGAAACAUUAACCCCUGGAAUGACAAAAGUCUCUCAAAUAUUUGGGGUAAAUAUUGAGGAAGAGCCACAGUUGACUUUCUGUUUAUGUACUGGGAACCUACUGACCCAAUGGCCUACUAUGGGGCCUGUAUCUAAUAUUGGAUUUAGGACCAUAAGGAUCUGUGUCGAUAUAGUGCAGGUUCAAUUAGAGCAAAUCCUAACUUCUACUUAAAUUAGAUUUUCACUUUGUCUCAGAUUGACAUCAGUGCAGGACUACGUGGACAUCUGCCUUAAAUGGACUUAGAAAUAUGGUGGUGAGCACAGUCCAUUUACUAAACUGUUAAAGUGCAGACCGAGGCCAACUAUCCUUCUAUUGUUGUGAGAAUAGAUGUUGCCUCCAUCAGUGAUGUCCCAGACCCUUGCUACUAUGGGUUUCAUUUACUGAAGAAACCAAACCAUACGUUCUUUGGAACUUUUUCUUUUUGAAUUGAGAGGAAGCAUGGUCAGACAGGCUAUGUUACAAAUGGCAGCCUGUUCCCUACAUAGUGCACUUCUUUUAACCUGAGCCCAGCACCCGGUUCCCUAUAUAGUGCACUACAUUUUGCCCCAUAGGGCUCUGGUUAAAAGCAUUACAUUAUGUAAGGAAUAGAUAGCCAUUUGGGACGACACAUGGCAUUGAUAAAGGCAUGCUCUCAUUAUUGACUCCGAAUAGUAUUUAUCGAAAUCCUUGGACAUGUAGGAAACUGCCAAAGUUGUUAGAGCAGCCUUUUCCUGUUGCUAGAUACAUCUUAUACAGUCUAUGGGAUACGUGUAUGUUUUCCAAAUGACUAAAAUGUUCAAAUUGACAAAAGAAUUAUCAUAUUACUGCAGUGGUUCUGCUGCCACCUAGUGGUGAUGUUGUGUAGUUGUUCUGCUGUCACCUAGUGGUGGUGUGCCAGGACAGCGGAGUCAAUCACCACCUUCCGGAGACAGCUGAAACCCAUACCUAGGAUAGGAUAAGUAAUCCUUCUCACCCCCCCCCUCCCUUUAAGAUUUAGAUGCACUAUUGUAAAGUGGCUGUUCCACUGGAUGUCAUAAGGUGAAUGCACCAAUUUGUAAGUCGCUCUGGAUAAGAGCGUCUGCUAAAUGACUUAAAUGUAAAUGUGUGGCGUAGUGGUUCUGCUGCCACCUAGUGGUGGUGUGGCGUAGUGGUUCUGCUGCCACCUAGUGGUGGCGUUGUGUAGUUCUGCUGCCACCUAUUGGUGGCGUGGUAUAGUGGUUCUGCUGCCACCUCGUGGUGGCGUGGUGUAGUGGUUCUGCUGCAACCUAUUGGUGGCGUGGUAUAGUGGUUCUGCUUCCACCUAGUGGUGGCGUUGUGUAGUUGUUCUGCUACAACCUAUUGGUGGCGUGGUGUAGUGGUUCUGCUCCCACCUAGUGGUGGCGUGGUGUAGUGCUUCUGCUGCCACCUAGUGGUGGCGAGGCUCAAUGUUUUGCGUUCUGACAUGAGAAUGGAGCAGGCAUUUGAUAGUACAGCGUUUUAAUUUAAUUUGAUCCUAUAUGGGCCAAUGUGGCCUCGUUUAUCUAUCUGGUCAAAUGUAUUUCUUUUUUUCUUUGUAAUGAAUCACUAUUGCUGUUUGCUGGAAAUGAUUUACUCUGAUGUAUGGGGGGAAAUGAUGUUGUACUAACUCACUAAUGUAUCAAUUCUGUUCCACAAUUCCACUUCUACUCAGACUAAUUGUUUGUUGAAGCAGUUUUUAGAUGUUGGAAAUGGAAGGUUGUCCCUCUAGAAAGGACAAUUAUAUGUUAUUAACUGUUUUAUACAAAAUUGUAUGCACCCUGAUUUGUCAGGAUCUUUGGGAAUAUAUUGUCUCUAAACUAUAAACAUGUCCUUAAAAAUGUGAAAAGGUUGCCAAUCUGUCAUUGGAAUACUGAGGCUCUACAUAGUUUGACAGUGAAUUAUGUAUUUUUUGGAAACCAGAAACUGGUUGUGAGAAGGAGCUUAUUAAGUUUGCAUAUUCUUUCUCUAAUUAACACGAUCAUCUUUCAAUCGAACAACCCUUUACUUUUAUAAUGACUUUUAAAUCUUUUACCCUGAAGCUGACUGAAUUGAAAGUAUUCGUGAGAAUAUGUUGAAAUAAUCUGGAACAAUCGCAGAUAUGUACUUGAAUAAACUAUAUGAAGGAUUUUUUUAUUUAUUCUAAUUGUGUUAACAUUUUGCAUAAUUUCUUUUUUUGAAAUACGAUUGAGGUAUUUUCUCUCAAUUUCUAGUUGCCAAAUCUGUUCCUAACGCCUUUCUCUGAUGUGGAACUACUUUUCUUACAGCCUAAAGUAUGUAGCCUGGUCCAGCUCUGGUUGUGCUCUUGCCAACUCCAUUGCUGUCGUUGUCAAGACAAUCUGUUGGCAUGACAAUGAGUGGCAUGACAUGGUAGCACAAACAGAUCUGGCACACAGGCUAUAAAGUAUGUCCUCCAUUUUGUUUUGUGGUAUUUUGACCAACAGGAAUAACUACUUUGUUUCAUGUGCAAUGAUGAUGUCUAUCUUUGUAACACAGCUGUCUCUUUUACUUGUCUCUGUCUUUUAACGUUAAAUAUAAAUGUGUUUCACGCAACAGA